AGUUUGCUAGUUUUGUCAUCCGUCAACGUUACGUACGGGUCACAUGACGUCCAACGCACGGGUCACGUGACUACGCCGCCAAGUGACGUGUCUUCCAAGUAGCAUGUAGCAGGAAAUGUUAGCUCGUGUGUCAACAUGCCCACAGACGAGAACAACGAUGAUGAUGUCUCACUCUUUGACGCGGAAGAGGACGCCGGCCAAAGAUUGUCAAAGAAGACAAACAUUAAGCACCCGGUGGCGUCCUUCUUCCACCUUUUCUUCAGAGUCAGCGCCAUCUUGGUUUACCUUCUCUGCGAGAAGGUCGGCAAUGGCUUCAUCGGCGGCACGGUGGCUGUCAUCCUGCUGCUCUCCUGCGACUUCUGGACCGUCAAGAACAUCACGGGCCGGCUGCUGGUGGCAUUGAGGUGGUGGAACCAAGUGGACGAGGACGGGCAAAGUCGCUGGGUCUUCGAGUCGCGCAAGGGGACCGGGAGAGUGCAAAGCUCCGAUUCAGAGGCUCGCAUCUUCUGGCUGGGUCUGAUCGUAUGUCCGCUCAUUUGGGUGGUGUUUGCUUUCAGCACCCUCUUUCAGUUCAACAUUAAGUGGCUGCCGGUGGUGCUGAUGGGCCUAGUGCUGCAAGGAGCCAACUUGUAUGGAUACGUGCGCUGUAAAGUGGGAGGGAAGACCGACUUGAAAAAUAUGGCCACAAACUACUUUGGCAGGCAGUUUCUCAAACAGACGCUGUCCAAAGAGGAGGAAUCUUAAAAGCGUGGCGGAUCUUUUGCAUCCAUCUUCAUUUGUACCAUAUUUUCUGGACUAUAAGUCGCACUGUUCUUUGUAUAAUACUAAAAAACAAACGUUCCAUCUUCUGAAAUGACAUGUUGGCCGACAUGACCCAAACAACCCACAAGAAGGACCUCUUGGAUGGAUUGUGAUUAUGAAGACAAGAAAUCUCACAGCAAAGCUUAUAUUUAUGUGUGUAUUUAAUCAAACAAGAAUAAUAAUGACAGCUAAGCUAACGGGACCAUCAGUGAUUUGAGUAUUAGUCAAAACUCUGAAGAAAAGGGCUGUGUACAUGCCAUGAAAGUUGAAGAACGCUGACAGAAUGGCCAUCUUUGACCUGAAGUGUUGCAAUGUUUUCUUGCUAAGCUAAUGGGUUAGCACAUUAGCACAAUUCUUUUGACCUGCUCUUUUGUUGCUGAAAUAAUACUGCAGUAAUAUUUGACAUAAGGUACAUUUUCCUUUAAAAAUUCGACUUAUAGUCCAAUGCGACUUACCUUUUUUUUUUUUUUUUUGUCUGUCUAAUAAAAUUUAAACCCCCUAACGGCUUAUUUAGUCCGGAAAAUACGGUAUUUUAUUUUCCCGUCAAUUUGAUUUACUUCAAGUGUUGAAGGGUUAUCUUUUAUUUCUUCUUUACUCCAACAUCAGUUGUGUAGUUCAGAACGUUAUUUAUGUAAAAAAAACUUUUUCUCAUGUGCAUUUCUGAACUGGAUUAUUUAUAUAAUUCAUAGUAAUAUAAUGGAAUGUCUUGCAAUGUGCUGGAACACCAUUAAAUGACUCAAUUUGU